CAACUUAACGGCGUUGCCUUUCUAACAUCUCUCUCUCUCUCCCCUCACAUACGCACACAGACUCUGUCCGAACUCUCUCGCUCAUGUUUCUUCAUCGAAGCUCGACUUUGUCCUGAAAUCCCAACAAACCCAACGUGAUUUUCCCGCAAUCAAUCACAACUCAUCUCUUAGUUUCGCCUCGAAAACCCGCCACUUUCUUCACUCCCCUCAGAUCCGACACCACCAACCAUCCGACACGUCCGAUAAAACCCAAAACACAGCCCCACACUUUUCUUAAUUUUCUCACUUAAUUAUCCGAAAACCUAUGGCUUUGCGUUUCUGUCGGGUCGGGCGUUGAAUGGGGUUUAGGGGGAGAGGCAGGGGGACAUAGACACAGAGGUUUGGAGAUUAUAAGGGUUAAAGAGGUGGAGGAAGAGAUGGCGGCUGGUGGUGUUGGUGGUGGUCAUGUGGUGAAAGUUAAGAGGGAGAAGCUGGAGGCAUGCAUGACGUGCCCUCUUUGUAAUAUGCUAUUGAAGGAGGCUACAACCAUUUCACUCUGCCUCCACACGUUUUGCAGGAAGUGCAUCUUCGAAAAGCUCUCGGAUGAGGAAGGGGACUGCUGUCCCGUCUGUGAAAUUGAUCUCGGAAUUUUACCUGUCGAAAAACUCAGGCCAGACCAUAAUUUGCAAGAUAUUAUAGCCAAGAUAUUUCCCGUUAAAGGAAAGAAAGUUGAUACACCAGAAGCUAACUUGCCCGAAGCUAAUGAUCCUGAUGUUACACCUUCUUCAUUGCCAGUGAAAAGGAAGGAGAGAUCAUUAUCUUCAUUGGUAGUCAGUACCCCCAAAGUUCCAUUACAGUCAGGUUUGACUGGAAAGAGAUCAAGAGCUCUGUCAAGAAAGGGUGCUGUUUUACGAGGAUGCAGUUUUUCUGCUGAAGAAGCUGCAAAGAGAGAUGAUUCUACAGAAGAUCAUACAAUGAGCUCCAACUCAACUGGUACUCUUGAUGAAUUCGCACGAAAUAAGAGCCAGGAUUCGCCUGAGCAUUCAUAUGAGCGAACUGCUAAUAAAUAUAUGAACAAUGACGUUGAAAUAAUAGAAGGGAAAGCUGAUCUGUGGACGCCCUUAAACUGUCUCGUAGAGGCUGCUAACCGAACCAAGUCCUCGAAGCCAAAUUCACAAGGGUUGCAUGCCAAGUCUGAUCCAAUCAAUUCCCUUGAUAGUGAACUUUAUAUGUCUCAAAUUAAGGCAGAAGGAGAAUUGCCAAAUGCUCUGGACUGCAUCAGGAAUGCAUAUACGCCCAAAACCAAAAAAAAGGAGGCCGACCAGAAGGCAAGAGGAAAAAAUAACAGUAACGGAACAGGGGCAUCAGGCCUAGUGAAACGUAAAAGGGUGCGCACAGCUAAUCAGAACAGGGUAGCUGCAUCCGGGGAAUCAAGUGUCUCAACUCAACCUAUGCUAGAUACAUGUGGGGCUAAGUAUAGAAAUGUUCCUGUUUGGUUCUCCUUGGUUGCGUCUGAAGACUGGAAAGGAGAAAUUUCAUUGCCACAGAUAUCAGCAUGUUGCUUGAAAAUAAAGGAUGGUAAAAUGCCCGUAUCAACAAUCCAGAAGUACCUUGCAAUGAAACUUGAACUUAGCAGUGAAACUGAGGUGGAGAUACUGUGUCGGGGUCAGCCGGUGCUUCCAACAUGGCAACUAGAAUCCCUAGUAGAGUUGUGGUGCCGAACAGCACCAACAACAAAAAAAAUACCGGUAACAGUUGGCUCCUCUGCUAAAGAUUUUGUGAUGGUCCUCAAUUAUUGUCGUAGGGUUCAAACUCCAUGAAAGAACCAAUAAAAACUCUUUUAAUUAAGGGAAGUAAUUUCUGAUCAUCCCUUAUCGAAAAUGCACACUCCUUGUUUAUUUGUAGUCGUUAGAUUGAAUCAGUUAAUGGAGGCAAAAAUAAACAAGGGUGUAGAUCAUGAAAAAUGGCUGCGGACCCAGAAAUUCGACCGAGUGUUGCUUCCGUAAGUAGCAACAUUGACGUCCUCACUUGUAACUUCGGUGGCAUUCAUCAACGUAGAACACAACAGCUUAUGUCCUACAUCUUCAGUAUAGAAGAAGGCUUGUUCCGGUGUUAUUUGCACUUUAACACCACGGUCAAAAUGCACCGUCAAUGUCAGCUCCCUUGAGAUGUUCCGGUUUCAGACCAACUGCCUUCGUUACUUGCUCUCUCAAUCGGCCAUAGAAAUCCUGUUGUAGUAUUGUCACCUACGUUCUAGAGUCAAGAAUCAUGCUCCCUUUCGAAACCGACCCCGACGAGCUAAGACCAUCUCCAAAUGAAAUGUCAAAUCUUAUAUGGAAUACCAUGUAAUUAAUUUUGAAGGUGGGAGCGAGCUCAAACUGAUAUGUUAAUCUUAUGUGGAUUGACAUAUGAGAAAAUUUAAUGUCAAUUUUUUUUAAUCA